UUGAAUGAGAUCACCUGCAUCCAAUCACUGCUCAAUUCUACCCUGGCUGUCGACUACUACACUUCUGCUCCAGCCUACUCCAUAACCCAUUCAACGAACUCAACAUUGAAAACAAAACAAUGGCAAAAUCGACCCAAAGAUAUAUAGUUCUCUCGAUUAUCAUCGUCAUCUCCAUUUCAUUACCGUCAGCACUUGCAUCACAGCCGUUCAAAUUCAAGCGGAACCCUCGGCUCCUUGGAAGUUUGUCAAAGCAAAUGAAACCCCAACCCCAACCACAACAGCAACAACAACAGUACCAGUACGAGACAAAAUAUUUUGAGCAGCGUCUCGACCACUUCAGCUUCGUCGAUCUCCCGAACUUCCGGCAACGAUACCUGAUAAACACGGAGCACUGGUUGGGCCCCUCCCGCUUGGGCCCCAUCUUCCUCUACUGCGGCAAUGAGGGAGACAUAGAAUGGUUCGCCGUUAAUUCCGGCUUCAUGUGGGACAUUGCGCCCAAGUUUGGCGCCAUGCUUAUCUUUCCCGAGCACCGUUACUAUGGCGAGUCACUGCCAUAUGGAAGUAGAGAAGAGGCGUAUAGAAAUGCUACGAUGUUAUCGUACCUGACGGCAGAACAAGCUCUUGCAGAUUUCGCCGUUUUAAUUACUGACUUGAAACGGAAUUUAUCAGCUGAAGCUUGCCCUGUUGUGUUAUUUGGCGGAUCCUAUGGGGGAAUGUUAGCGGCAUGGAUGAGGCUGAAGUAUCCUCACAUCUCCAUUGGUGCACUUGCUUCUUCGGCACCAAUUCUUCAAUUUGAAGAUAUUGUGCCAGCAGAAACAUUUUAUAACCUUGUAUCCAACGAUUUCAAGCGUGAAAGUACAAGCUGUUUUAACACUAUAAAAAAAUCCUGGGAUGAAUUGAUAUCCGAAGGUCAGAAAGAGAAUGGACUUCAUCAAUUGGCCAAAACUUUCCAUCUAUGCCAGGAUUUAAAGAAGGUGGAAGAUCUUGCAGACUGGUUGGAAUCUGCAUAUAGUUAUUUGGCAAUGGUGGAUUACCCAUAUCCAUCUGAUUUUAUGAUGCCCUUGCCUGGAUACCCUAUAAGAGAGGUUUGCAAUAAAAUUGAUAAUUCCCCAAAGGGUUCUAGCAUUCUGGAGGGCAUAUUUGAAGGAGUUAGUGUUUAUUACAAUUAUACUGGACAAGUUGACUGCUUUGAACUGGAUGAUGAUCCUCAUGGCUUGGAUGGUUGGAACUGGCAGGCAUGCACUGAGAUGGUUAUGCCAAUGUCUAGUAGCCAAGAUGCGAGCAUGUUUCCUACAUAUGACUUCAACUACUCCUCUUUUCAAGAAGAAUGUUGGAAGGAAUUUAAGGUGGUACCAAGACCCCAAUGGAUAACAACACAAUUUGGUGGACAUGAUGUCAAGACUGUGUUGAAAUUGUUUGGAAGUAACAUCAUUUUCUCCAAUGGUCUAUUGGAUCCCUGGAGUGGUGGCAGCGUUCUUCAAAACAUAUCCGAUACUAUUGUUGCUCUUGUGACCAAUGAAGAGAUUUCAACCAAGAAUCAAGGAGAAGACUUUGGCUUGAUUGUUGGAGUAAUGAAUGGCAUUGACUUAUCAAUUGUUGAGGGAAUUUAAAUACUUGGCAAGGUAAGAUUUAAUUAGAUAUUGUUAGAAGUAGCAUAAAAGUAGAACUUAGAGAUUGAUACAGACCUGGACAUUUCUGCAAUAGGAAGAUGCUGAAAUUUGGCUCUGUUGCUGCUUGGUUCUGCAGAAUAAGGGUGCUGUGUAAUUUUGGCUGGGUUUUGAGUUGCUAGUGAAUGUUGUAUUGAGGGAACUAUUUGAUUAAGUAUGUUGUAAUUUGAUUCAAGAGCAAUGUAAAGCAAACAUUACUUGUAUUGAUAGAAUUUUCAGUAAAACAAAUAGAGUUCUCAAUUGUUGUUUCUGCUCACAAAUCCAAACAUAAACAUUUAACAAGCUAAAGACAUAACAAAAUCAUAAACAUCCUCCAGCAUUUGAGAGGCUGGAAACUCUCCCGCAAUCCUCUUUUUUCUCAAAUUUCUUCACAAUUUUCUCUCUCUUAGACUCCUUCUCCAGGCCUAUAUCAUUGCAUUUUUCCUCCAAACAGCCUUGCCAAUCCUGUCUUGCCAGCUCAGCUUUCGAUAUCCUGGUGGUCCCUUGAAUUUGUUGCCUGCCUGCUGCACAUUCUUUUGGUGAGUGUUGAUCUGCUGCCUUUUCUCUUGCCUGCUGUUUGCCAUGUGCCACUUCUAAGUUGCUGCCAUCUGUCAUCCUUGCACCUUUUCUUCUCUUCUUGCUCACAUAGACCUUGGUCCUAACAGAGAUACAAUGCAAAAUUUGUAAAGAAACGUGGCUAAAUAGAGUCCUUGGCCAACUGGAAAUUCCAAUGGAAAAGUCUACAAAGAUGUAUUGACAAUCAAGCUAGAAUAAGUAUUACCAAAAAAGCACUCCAUGAUAUGACAAAACAUGUGAAGAUAGAUGUACACUUCAUCAAAGAAAAUAUAGAGGAAUGAACAAUCUCAUUGGUGUACACACCUCCUGUCCUUCAAACAGCAGAAAACUUCACCAAAGCCUUGCCUAGAACUAAUUUCAAAGACACAAGUUCCCAGCUAGGAAUGAUCAACAUCUAAAACCUAGCUUGAGCGGGAACGUAGAAUUUCAUUAUUUUUUAGUAAUAAAUCAGUUAUAGGAUACUUUUUAAAAUUAGUUUAUCUGUUUCCUUCUAGGUAGAAUUCUACUAGCCUUUUUUACUUGAUUACAAUUUGUUGUAUUUAUUCUCUGAUUUGAUGGAGAUUUCUUCUCCUAAAAGCAGAAACUAGUUUUCCUUUUCUAGGCUGUCAUCAGUCUAUUUAUUCUCUUUGUUCUAAACCAUUGUAACAUUUGAAGUGAAUUAUCUUUCUUCUCAUUCAACAAUUAAUGAUUUAUGUAUAGCAUAAACCGCAGUGGAUAGGUUUCAUUUCCAAGUAGGUUCAGGUGAACUUUUUGUUCUAUAAAUCUUCUGCUGAAACUGAGAAGUCUUCACUGACCUGGAACAGGCUUACUUCGAUGUCUGCCUUUCAUUGAAUUUUAAUUAUAGCAGGCUUCUAUCUGAAAAAUAAUUAAGAGUUCCUGUGAGGUUCUGGGAUGAGAGUUGCGGUUAAGGGGUGUUGGUGUAGAGAUGGACCUCAAAAAUGCUGGCUAUGAGGUGUUAUCGGUCAAUCCUGUACCUAGUUCUCUAUAGGAUUGUUGGAUUUAGUACAUACUGGGAUUUGGUUACUUGGGGGCACAUAAAUUACUAUCUAUACAGUAGUUGUAUUCUGCUAAAUGGGCUCUCCAAUUGAUAACAGAAGACCUAUAUAAGUACCAUUCGGUGUUAUCUCUAUGAAAAGGAAAAAAAAAUUACCAUUGGUUUAGUGACCCCAUCUUAGAAUUAUAAGAACCCUAGGCUUUUGCCGGUAAAUUCUGAAAGGUCUAUUAUCUUGUGUGUCAAUAGAUUUAUCACUGCCUGCUUGUCAGCCUGAUAAAGCCAGUGGCAAUGUAAGAAGAUGCACUCAUGAAAUGAUUUUACACGGCAUUUUCUAUCAAAUAAUUUAGUUUCUGGUGA